ACGUACAUUUCCUCCGUCUAACGGCAGCCAUUCUCUCACUCCUUCCCAUAACUUCUUUUCCCAAAAGAUUUUGUGCUCUCUUCUUUAGUCCUCUUUCGUUUUCCUGCGAAUUCUUUCCAGGGUUUUGCGUGGCUUGGAAGCAGAAAUGGAUUGGGGUAACGUAACUGCAGAGGAUCUGAUCGAUGCUCUGCGCGAGGUCGACUGGUCAUCGCCUCCUCGCCCUCUUUCCGAGUUCUUUGCUAGAUUCACCGUCCCCAAAUCUUCUGCCAAAUGGAACAGUCGCCUCAAGUGCAAUCUCUACUACUAUCGGACCAACUACUUUAUUAUGAUCGUUCUCAUUCUGGGACUGGGUUUCCUUAGGCGGCCACUUGCUAUCGUGGCAGCUCUUCUAACAGCACUUAGCAUUGCAUUUCUGAAUGAUAGCUUUGCAGGUACUUUUAGUGAGAAGGUAACAAGAACUGUGAGGCAAUUCUCUCCUCAUUUAGCAGCUAAGAUGAGACCUCCUCUUACACCUGUUAUCCGUGGACGCCCAUCAGCUAAAAGAGCAAUUCAUAUAUGUGGUCGGCCCCGUUGGGUGUUUGUUCUGAUGUUCUCUUCUGUGAGUUUCAUCCUUUGGUAUGUCUCCUGUGGUCUGUUGACUGUCCUAUGGGCACUUGCCAUCGGUCUUCUUGUCACAAUCCUACAUGCAAGUCUUAGAACGCCUAAUCUGAAAGCACGUCUGAACACAUUUCGAGAGGAAUUUCGUGCUGUUUGGCGAAAUUACAGUGAGCUGUAGCUUUGAUGGAGCUUACUGCAUGGGGCUGUUUCUGAUGGCUAUGAUAGUCAUCUAGCUGCCUAGUUCUCAAGUUUGGAAUAGCUGCUGCCGCUGGUUGCAAUUUGAAAUAACUUCCAAUGACGGGACGAUCUUAGCAGAAGAACAUGUAAAUUUUCUGGACCUGUUAUUCUGUAAAGCAUACUGUUACCCAUUUAUAGUCCAUAUUUGUAGAAACCUGGUAUUUUUAGUGGGAGAUUCAUUCUUAUAAUUCUCGGGUGAGCUAUUAAUAGGCCUUGGUUUCAAGAAUUCCA